AUUCGCACCAUGCUAACUCAAAGAAAAGGGGGUACUUAACAUUUCAAGUACAUACAUAAAAACAGAAAAGAGGUUGUCCUAAUCCGAUUUCUUUGGCUUUCCAUAGAAGAGUCGCUUAUUCGUGAGAUUCCAAGAAAAAAGGUUGACGGGACCAACGCAAUUGUUAGUUUAUCUGCAAGUCUUCGCUGGACGUGCAUACAAGCGCAUAUGAAUGGGAUAUGUCGAAUCUCAGUGGUAAUGUAUUCGGAAAAGAUACCUCAGGUACAGUUUGGUACAGUUCUGUACAGUACAAUACCUAUCGGUUCUAUCUUACCGUCAUACCUCCAGGUGCUCAGGCCAUACAGUGGAUUAAAAGAGACCUGUCAGUAAUUCGAUGAUUUAACUGCUGAAUUGUCUUCUCAGAAACUCAUAAUCAUUCUCCAGCCUUGCAGAUGGGGCUUAGACCAUCCAUGGCACGACUAGUAAACACAAUCAUGAUGGAAAAUUAAACCGAGAGUCAAAGAGCAAAAGUUAAAAAAA